AGAUCAUUGGCGUGCCGAGUCGAUCCAUCGACAGGCUCUUUCAGGCUAUAGUAUCGAAUAUACAAUGAAAGCUUUCUCAACUUCUAUCUUAUUCGCACUACUCGCACUAUUCUUCCUUACAGGAUGCAGCAAGAAUAAGAAGACAACCGUCAAGCCGACGUCUCUCCAUUCUACGACUCACCACCCUACGACCAAACCAGCGACGACUACCAAGCCAGCGACGACUACCAAACCAGCGACGACUACUAAACCAGCGACGACUAAGAAGUCCCUGAAGUGAGCGUCGUUCCCCAGCGGCUCGCCGGUCGGCGGUCCACGGGCUUAUAUUCUGUUAUCUUUUCUGUUCAACGAAUCGCUUAGUCGAAUUUUUGAGCAUUCCCAGUGCAACUCUUUGUACAGAGUUGCCCGAUUCUUUCAUUACGGAACGGCCUCCACAGUACUCCAAUAGUACGACUAUACCUCAAAUCGUAUA